AUGGCUGCUGCUUCUGAAGAAAUGCUGCAGGAAUUGCAGGGCCAGCUCACCUGUAGCAUCUGUUGGAAGUACUUCUGGGAGCCAGUCACCAUCGGGUGUGGGCACAGCUUUUGCCGAGCAUGUCUCCCAAGCUCGACAGGUGCAGCUUUCUCCUGCCCUGAAUGCAGGCAAGUGUCUCAGGUCAGAGACUUCCCAUUAAUUAAUGGGAGCCUAGCAGAGCUGACUGAAUUGGGGAAAGGGCUCAGCUCCCAGCAGUUGCAGAGUGCUAGAGGACAGAGGCGUUGUGCCACUCACCACCAAGUCCUGGAGUUCUUCUGUGAAGAUGACCAGACAUUGCUCUGUGAGAGCUGUUGCCAAACCCCAGAGCAUGGGGCUCACAGGCACUCUCCUGUACAAAAAGCUGCUCCCAAUUGCAGGAAGAAGAUCCAGUACCUUCAGAAUUGCUUGCAGAAGCACUUUAAGGAAACUAAGAAACUUCUUGUUAAGGAAAAGAGACCCGUUAUUGACUGGGAGGAGAUGAUCCACAGAGAAUACCUAGAAUGGGAUUCCUUCAUGUGGCCACAGGAAUGUCAUCUGGAAAGAAUGAAGCAAGAAAAAAAGAACAAGAAGAACAGACUGUCCCAGCAAAAAAGAAGCCUUCAGGACCUCAUGCUAGAUCUCCAGGAAGCAGAGUGCCAGCCCAAUCUGGAUCUGCUGCGGGAGAUAAAGCAGUUGCUGGAAAGGAGCAAGUCAGUGUUGUCCCAAAGGGCCAAGGCACUCAUCCCAGAGCUGAGAGUGUAUCCCAUCUCUGGCAUGAUAGAGACGCUCAACCAUUUCAGAGUGGACCUCAGGAUGGAACCCACAUCAGCCUGUCCUUUUGUGAUUCUUUCUCAGGAUCUGAAGAGUGCAAGAGUUGGACAAGGCUGGCAGGUGGACACCCAGCAUGGUGAUGACUCUGACCUUCACAUUGUCCUUGCUGAGCAGGCCUUCAGCUCAGGCAGACAGUACUGGGAGGUGGAUGUGACACAGCUGCCUCAGUGGACACUGGGGAUUUACACAACCUAUUUGAGGACGGACAGUCAUGGGAGAAUAACUAAAGAUGCCUCUGUCUUUUUCCUGCAAUGUGUCAAGAGGGAAGAGGAUUACUUUUUGCAAUCCUACCCUGGAUCACUGAACCACAGAUUGAAAAGCCGUAUUCCCAGGGUAGGCCUCUACCUAGAAUACCAAACUGGCAUUCUUGCCUUUUAUGAUGUUCUCCAGAGUUCUCUUAUUUAUCAGUUACCUGAUAUUUCAUUCGUAGCACCUGUUACACCCAUGUUUUUUCCUGGCCCCCCACUUCCAGGAACAAAGCCUGGUCCCAUGACGCUCUGUCCAGAGGAUUCUCAUCUUUGUGCUUGCUGCUAUUCAUCUCUCUGA